GUUUUAAGAAAUAACAUAUAAGUAUAGUAUAAGGCAUCCGUUGAUUGCAGUGUUUGUUGUGUAUAUCAUUAUAAUAUUAAAAAUAUAUACAUUUAUAUAAAUAAUAUAACUAUAUUUAUUUAUUUAAUCCGAUAACUAAUACAUAUUAAUAAAGCAUUAAAUAAUGAGUGAUAAAAACAAAUCCGUAUCAAAUGCUCAGUUUGAGACCGCUCUCAAUGAGAUAUCUCUAUUGAGAGACAAAUUGGACAGCAAGUCGUGUGCACUAAUCAUAUUAUCGCAAGAAUUACUGGAAUGUAAGGCCCAGAGGGAUCAGUUCAAGUUAAUGGGCGAACAAUUGAGGGAACGGUACGGCAUUAUCAAGAGGAAGAUGGAGGGCUUGGGUCCCACGCUAUCGGCGGUAUACGACUACGAGUACGACAUUCCCAGAAGUAGUUCCUCUCAAAGCGAACCAUUGGCUCAGCUCUUGAUUACACUGAAAGAGCAGAACAAACAUCUGAUCCGAGAGAUCGACGACUUGAGGAUGAAGUUGGAGGACGCCGAGGGUGAUCUGAAGAUAGUUCGGGGACAAAUGAGGACAAUGUCUCAACACAUUGAUUCAGCCGCUUAUGAGUCCAGAGACAGGAAUAUCGAUAUGAAUAUCAUCUCCGAAAUGGAAUUCUAUAAAAAUAAAGUCAUUUUAUUGGAAAGGGAUUUGCAGUCAGUGUUGGACGAGAAAGAAGAGCUCAUACUGUCAAGAGAUUCAUACAAAUUAAAAGUGGAUAGACUUAACGAAAAGUUAAAUGGUUUGAUGAGAAGUAGUUACAAUACAACGACAGAAGCCAACGAAGACAACAGAAUCGUUGACAUCGACUCUCUGUUUAUGGAAAACCGUUUUCUGAAGGAGAAGAUUAAGACUUUUGAAGACGAGAAGAAAUUGAUUUCUUUGCGAUUAAAUAAAUACAAAGAGAUUCUGGAGAAGAAACGCAUGGAUUCUCCCAAAUCUGUGUUGUCGUCGGCUAAGAGUGUGUUAGCGGCCACUCAAUUGGGGUCCGGGAAUGUCAUAACCGCCCGUCAGGUCGAGGAGCUUAUCGCUACCGAUGCUCUCAAUAACAUGGAAGUGACGGCCAAUAAUUUGUCUCAAUUAAGGAAUCUUGUGAUCGCACUCUUCGACGGACUCCAGGAUAAGAGUGUAUCGCUUUCCCAUUCAAAGAAGACGAACAAAAUUCUGGGCAAAAGAGUCGAAGAAUUAGAGAAUCAGUUGCGAAGUGUCCGCUCAAAAGACAAGUUACCGAUCGUUAAGACUGAAAGUCUUGAGAGUAAUACAAGUAGUAAUACAAACACGACAUCCAAUGUCGAAGACGUGGCCACACCUGAUGAUGAACUCGACGACGAGAUCAGCGACAGGACCGGCGGUCGAGACAAUGGCGACGAACGCGAUGUCGACGCGGAAGACGACGACGAAUUGCCCCCAGAGUUGGACCGACUCGUCAAAGAUGCCAUAAAUGAGCUCAAGAUUAGGGACUUAGAAGAACCCAUCGGCCAAACUAACCCUUUAACCAACACUUUGUAUCAAUAAUUCUGUUGUUUAUAACGAUUACUAAGUUUUUUAGAAACAUAUGAUUUAAGUUUUAUAGUCUAUUGUGUUAUGGG